AUGAGCGCAAUCUUAAACUUCGAAGAUAAUAGUGUCUACUACAGUGUCGAGGACAACAUGGAUGGAGAAGAAGAAAAUUACGGCCAGUCGGACGAAUUUCUUUCACCGAGGGAUACUGAGACCGUGCAACCCGAUUCGGAAACGCCGCAGUCCAUAUAUGUCGAAGCAAUGAGCCAAAGCGAAAGAUCCUUUUCAAAUCAAACCAACUUUGUAGUCGAUGGGAAAUUCAUGCUAGAAUGUGUCAAAAAUAUUCUUUUCUCUGCGACCGAAGUGCCCGCGUCUCAAGAGAGUAAAAUCGGUCCGAAAUUCAUCCCGCUUUUCAAGUACGUAUUACAAGUAUUGCAAAAAUGUCUUGGGAUCUACAAGACGGCGAAAAUACAUGAUAAACAAGAAAGGGCGGAGCAAAUUAAGCGCAAAUGGCUAAACAUUCUAUAUCUUGGCCUACUUGACGAUUACCACCGAGAAAAACUAAAGACUGUGUUCAAGCAAUCAAAGAAAAAACAUUUGAACAAAAACAACGCUAAAAUGUUCCAAAAGAAGUACAGUAUUGCAGACUGCAAGAACAUGAUGAUAAACAUGCUCGAGAAAACCGGUUCUGGGAGAAAGAAAGAUAUUUAUGACGGGAUAAACGCGACUUUGGAAUUUCUUUUAGGACAUCAUUUAAUGCUCCGAGGCCUGCUCAAAACUGAGCUCGAGCUUUCUGGUUCAGUCUAUUCUGAAGAAGAAACUUCGCACGGGACUGUCCCUAUUCUAGGAUUUCAGUUGGUAAGAGAAAACACUAGGGGCCGCAGCAGCUUACCAGGUAUACUGGGAGUAUGCCGCAAUAAGGAUGUCGAAAUCUGCUUAGUUUCAGCGUUUGCAUUAUCGCUCUGGUACCGAUUCGACUUUCAAAAUCAACAUGCACCGCUUUCGGGUGGAAGAGCACUAAACUUCAUGGAUAAGGGGAGCUGGUAUGAUCCCAAAGUUCUUUUUGCAUCCAGUGAUGAGUCAAAGCAUCAUAGACCUAUUAGUCCAGCUUAUGCAGAAAACUUAGUAUCCAUGUGUCUAGACAGCAUUGGUUUCGAAUCUUUGAAGAAGUCGCGUUUAGGAAGAAAGAAAAAUGGUGAAAAAGUAGAAGUUUGUUUGGUUGAAGAAGCUCGAUUAUAA